UAGGGACGAGGAGUAGAUUUGAGCCAACUUUUGAUCAAUCAAUUCAACCAAUAUGUUAGUAUUUCGUCSACAGAUGUUUACAAAAUUGAAAAUUUAUACGGUUGGCUGCCAAACUCAUUAUUUUAUCCUUCACCAGACUUUUGAUAGAUUUGAAGCUAUGAAAUCCAACUUCUGUUUCUGCAAAAUUGCAAAUUUCUUAACUCUACACAAACCCAAAAACUAGCUAAAUCGAGCCAAACAUAAAACAUUUGGAUCAAAAUCUAAUUCAGUGGCCUGUUCUAUUCGCUGCUCAAAGCUUUUACUCGCACUCUAUCUUCGAAGUUCGAACAUGAUUGCUUAACUACUGUUCCGAGUGUAAUUCGUAGAUUUUAGGAUCCCAAAAGCAUCGGUUCAGCUUCAGUCGCAUUUCUAUGUGAAGAAGUGAUAAAAUGGCAUCGGAGUUGUCAUCGGCGGCUGGGCUUAACCUAAUUGCACGGAAGGUGGUUGUUAUAAUGUCAAAUCCAAAGAGGUGGAGAAUGGUGGUAGAGGGCCAAGCCACGGGUCAAGAAAAUUAGUAUGAUUGGAGAAAACAUAGACUGCCUUCUUUGCCCAAAUUACUGUAGCUGUCGACGUAUAUUUACCUGCUUCAGUAAUGGGAGGCAUCUUCCCAACAUUGUGUUUCUUCCGCCAGAACCAAUAGCCCCAUCUAAUGCUAUUAUGCACGCUCUGAAAGUGAUAAUAAAGUGCAGGAUAGGGUGUCCGGAAAAAGGUGAAGGGGACCUAUUAUGAAAGUGCAUGGUGCUCCUUCCCCCUCUUAAAUUCGUGGUGGACCAGUAUCUAAUUCUCAUUUCUUUAUGUCUUUCUUUGGUGUUUACUGUGCUUGAUGUAUAAACUAUCAGCAUGCUUAAUUGGCUGUCUGAUAAUCAGCUAUCACUAACCUUUGUCGUUUGACGAAAACAUGUAUCAGUUAGAACAACUAUUAAUUGGGCAUUUUAUUACUUGCUGCCGAAUAUUGGUACGGAUGCAGUAUGCUUAUUAGUUACGGUUAAGUCCUUUCUACCUUAAUUAUCCUUGAACAUAAUGGUGGACUGACAAAUUUUCUUGAAGAAUUAUCAUUUUCCAUUCAUCUAUUUCUAUACUGGGAAAGAAGGGUACUUAACUAGACACUCUUAGCCAUUGCAGACCCAGCCAACUUAGCAAGAAACAAUAAUUGUUGCAGGGCUAAGGUUGCCGAUGGAUAUAUAUUAUGCCAGCUAAGCGAUGUUGACAAGAGAAGAAGUUUUACCCCUCGCAAAAGAUCCUUCUAUAAUAAUUUUCUAACCCCAACAUUUUAGGAAAAGUUUUCUCCGACUCUAUGCUAUUCCUAUAUGUCUCCUUCAGGAUCUACUGAGUGUUUAUGAGAAUUUAUCAAACAUGUAAGGAGUUAGCUGAUCGUGAAAGAUUCAACUUCAUCCCUUCUUGCAGGAAAUUUAGCAGGCGGGUUUUCUUUUGAUACCAUGGAUUGCUUCUGUCAAAGCAAAUGAAGCAUGAGACUUGAGAGAGUGGGAAGACCAAAGCUGUCUUGUAUGGUGGGCCGACAUAAGGACAAAGUUUGGUGCAAUUUGAAUCCAAUGGAGCUUUCAACCUUUUUGAGGACCACAUCAACUACAAUAGACAAAUUGUUAUGAGACAUUUGCCGGAAGUUGCAUUGGAAAGAUCCUACAACGUUUAUUGAUAUGCAAGAUAUGUAUUGGGGAGAAAUUGAAGUUAAGAGAUGAUAAUGAAUUAUUAAAGUAGAAAUCACAGUUGUGCCAAAUGAAUAGUUGUAAUAGGAUCCUAGAUUUCUUUUAGAAAAAUUUAAUUUUAAUUUCUUUUGGUGGCGAAAUCACUACCACAGCAUAAAUAAUAUGUGCAGCCAGGACUAGGAGGUUGAAGCGUGUUUCCCACACUAAAUGUCAGCGAGUAGGUGUAGUAAGUACCAUGAUUGCUCUUUUUCCCAUUUAAUUGUGAAGAGGAAUAGGAGUACACAGCCAUCGGUUUUCUUUCAGUAAAAUGGAAAGUGGCCUUCCCAUGCUUAACUGUCUGUUGCAACACACUUUAAGGAGUCUAUGUUUGUCUUCAGACUCUUCUUGUAGCUCUUCGUCUUCCAGGUGGGUUUACGCCAUCUUCUGGAGGAUCCUCCCUAGAAACUUUCCUCCUCCCAAGUGGGAAUUCGGUGGGAGUGUUCUUGAUCGCUCUAAAGGAAACAAGAGGAACUGGAUUCUCGUUUGGGAAGAUGGGUUUUGUGAUUUCCAUGAAUGUGAAAGAGCAGGGGGUGGAUGUAUUACAGGGAGGUUUGGCGUUGAUCUCUUCUUCAAAAUGUCCCAUGAGGUUUACAGUUAUGGAGAAGGAUUAGUGGGAAAAGUUGGAGCAGAUAAUGGUCAUAAAUGGGUGUUCAGAGAUAACGCAACUGAAAGUGAUCCGAACCUCAUCUCCUCGUGGAACUCAUCCAUUGAGCCUCAACCUCGAGCAUGGGAAUCUCAAUUUAAAUCAGGCAUUCAGACAAUUGCAGUCAUUGCUGUACGAGAAGGAGUAGUUCAACUGGGCUCUUUUGAUAAGGUUGCGGAAGAUCUCAAUUUAGUCAUUAGUGUACAGAGGAAAUUCAGCUAUCUGCACAGCAUGCCAGGUAUCUUUGCGGUACAAAGACCUUACCUUCCUAGCCAACAUCCAUACGUUUUAAAGUCAGAUGUCCACAUGAUCGAAAACCAAUCAACUGGGUUAAAAAGACUGUUCAGCUCAAUGCUUGAUGAAUCUCYUAUCAAAUCCAUCAACUUAGGCUGGAACACCCCUCAACAUCCCUUGGCUUCUGGGUCGCUAUUGUGGCCAAUCCCACCUCUUCUUCCUUCCACUCCAUGCAGUAGUCUUGGAACUUUUAAAUCAAAGUUGCCUUCUAAUACCACUACCCCACCUUGUGAAGCCAACGACCCACCCGACGUUGUUCUAAACAUCAGCCACCAGAACCCAAAUAUGAUGAAGGCUAGCAGCUCAGAAGCAAAGAUUGAAACCUCCAACCAGUUAGAUCCAGCUCAAGAAACAGAAGAGAAACCAAGCUGCAUAAACCCUGGUCUGGGUUUUGAAGAUGGGAUGGUGACAGAAUUGGAAUUCAGGCUUGGAGAGACAAGCCAGAAUGGUAUAAAUCUCAAUUAAUUAGGAAAACUACCCUUGCAUUAAUUGUCAUAAAAAGGAUGACUUUGGUACUUGCAUGGAUUCGGCCCAARUUGUAAAAUCACUUGUUCGAGUCUUAGGCAAUAAAAAGUAUCUAGGUACUAAAGUAGUUUAAUUAAUAAAAAAGAGAUGUCUUUUUAUCUUUCAUCUGUGUCUCUCUAGUUAUUAGCAAAUGGCUGAGCCGUAGUACUUGAUAUUGAGAGCAGAAUGAAUUGGGAUUGUGGCAUUGGUUUGUUUCUCUGCAUUAUUUGGAGUGUUAAAGAGUUAAGAGUAGUUAUUUGGGGAUCAAGGUGAAUAUAUGUGAUAGUGAUGAUAAAAGGAUCCGUCCACUCAUUGAGGGCAGCGUGGGGUUCCACUCCGGUGGUCUAUCCCAAUCCUUUCUGCAGGUAGUAGUAGUGCACCACAGGCAAUGGUCCCCGGAAACAAAUUGAAGGAGAGAAACAUGACAAGAGAGUGUUAGAAUUUGGAUCAAGUUGUCUUUGACAUAUGAAUACCAUCACCCGACACAAUGGAUGGUCCCAGCUUCUUUAAGUUUUUAUUUUUUCAUUUCUUUCUUUAGGGGGCUAUGAUAUGAAUACGAGUUGUUUGUGGGGCUGCUUCUGAUUCAAUUGAAAGCUGAUGAUAAGUCCCAUUUUCUUUGCUAAGAUCUUUGGAAAAUGAUUUCCUCUCACUAAUGUCUUGUGAGAAUUAUUUAGGUGCUACUUUUGUUGCCUGAGACUCAGAUAUUUUAGUGUUGGAAUGAUUGUAUGAUGUGCAGUAGAGAGAGUUUUGACGCACUCUUAUUUGGUUUCUCUUUUGAUAGCAAGUUUUUUACUUAGAAGGAAGACUCUUGAUCCAA